UUAUAAACACAAACAUGAAUUAGUUUCAUAUAAUUAAACUAAAGUCACAUAAAACAAAACAAAAAUGGAAGUUGUUACUACAAAAUACUUAUAUCUCUUGGCUAUCUACAUCAUUUUACUAAAUCACCAAAUUGCCAUUGCAACAGAAAACAAAGACAAUGUCCUAUUUCCUGAAAACCUAUUUUCUCAUAAAGGCAAAACCAGUGACCUAAUCAAAAAAGUAUGUGAUCAAACACCAAACAAGGAUCUAUGUUUGGAGGUCCUUUUGUCGGAACCAACAAGCGAACAUGCAACCCUACAAGAUCUUGCUAUGAUAUCACUAAAGGUGGCCGCUUCGAAUGCGACGGGGAUACUAACAGACGUGAAGAUGAUGAUCGACGAUCCAGAUUUGGACCCUGGAAUUCAACAAGGUUUGGCUGAUUGCAAAGAAACUUUAUUGGAUGCCGAAGGUCAACUAGAGGAUACCGUGGCAGCUAUUUUAGGUAAUUCAAAACGUGAUGUUCAAUUAUGGUUGCAAGCAGCAUUGGCUGCAAUUGAUACAUGUGAUGCUUCCAUACCUGGUGAUGAUGAUGUUCUCUCUAAACGAAGUGUAGCCUUUCGUCAAUUGUGCAACAUUGCUGUUGCCGUUAGUAAGAUUUUGGCCAAAGAUGGAGCCUAAAUUAUACAUUACACUAAUGUCUUUUGUUUUUCUCUUAAUUAAUUUAUUGUAUAAUACUUGCAGCUCCUUA